AUUUGUGGCCCACCGAAAGUUUCGCGUCUGUGGCCCAUAACUGUUACGACUCUUUCUUCUUCCCGUUGACGCCGUCUCGGUGACCUCUUCACCGGCGCAAGAGAAACGGCUCACCUCGCCUUCAAUCCGGCAUUUAUUCUGAGCUUCUCUGUUAGUGUAAUCAACCCUUCUCUUUAAGAGUGCUAUCAGCCUCUUCGUUUCCAUUAAAACCGACGCCCUCUCUCACUGUAAAUAUGACCCUUUCUGCCAUCCACAGACCUUCUCGCACCAAAUUUCAAACCAAGCCAAUUUCGAUUAAGAGAUUCCGAUGGCCAAUUCAUACACUGUUCUUGCUAACCUCAGAGCCGGUAGAUGCUCUAACAAGGCGGAGGUCCGUCUGCUGCGGUUCUGGGAUGCGAAAAACAUCAAAGGUGGAAAACUGAUCAGCCUCGAGAUGUUGUUGAUUGACGAAGAAUUUCUUUCAGUAUCUUCGAUUUCUAUCUCCUUAUGUUUACUGUUUAAGUGGUCGGACUCCGACUUCACCCGGAGCAAUUUCGGUUUUCGUCUGUCCUAUGCCCAUGUCUCCGUUCGCUUCAAUGAUGGCACGUCUUUCACUGAAAGAACCGAUUCAGUUAAGUCAAUACCAAUUGAAAUGUUCCGGAAUCAUACGAGCUAUUGUCAUUUUUAAAUACCUUGACGAGAGUUUAAUAUCCUUGGAUUGGUUUCAUUGAUCCAGGUUCUAUCAGGUUUACUUUUGAGUGGAUUGUGUUCCUCUGAGCACAGUUUUCGAUUUGGAUCAAUGUUACUCCAUCCCAGCAUAUCUGUUAACCUCCAUCACUUUGGGUUAUUCAUCUGCUAAUUCUGAAAGAUAAUUUAUAUUUUACUAAUUCAGCCCCUUCUUUUUGCUGUUGAUGAUACUGUGAUCAUGCAGUUUAUGAAUGGUACUGGGAGACACGUAGGAAUCAGAGUGGACUACUCAGCUGCUUCCUGGUUAAACACUUAAGUUUAUUUCAAUGAGCCUAUUUGCUUUGGUUAUCUGAAUAUGAAAGGCGGUAAAACCUUCCACUUUUAAAAAUAUAUCAAUCUUAUUCAGUGGUCUCAUGCAUUUGUAUAAUUGUAUUUGUUCAAGCUAUGCUCAGGGAGAGAAGUAAUCAGUUCAUUGUCGAAGCUUAUAUCAAAGGUCUUGACCACGUCCACUUUGGCUCAAGUUUGAGCAAGCACUGAGUUCUAUGGAGAACCCAAGCGGAAGCUGCUUUAUUCUAUGAUACCAUUGCCUAUACGUACUUACACUCUGGUGAAGAAUAAAGGGUUUAGCUUGGAUUCGUGUGUUUGUGACUCAUUUUUUAUUCAAAGCGCAAACCUAUGCAAGUGUUUGAUCCUAAUACAAUUGACCUAGGAUAGGUUACUACUUCCGGUAGACAAAUCUGAUAAAGUGACCUGCACAAAGCUACAAUCAUUCAUAGAAGAACUCAAGCAGCCUCUCUACUUCACCACUCCUAUGGCUAUUGUGGUCAUUACCAAGUUAACCUUUCAGAACAUCUCAAUGGUGAUGGUGGAUCAUCUUGGAAACCUCGCUGUUACCAUCGCCUCUCUCAGCUCCUCCUUCUACAAUAUCAUUGGCUACAGGUUUAUUGUAAAUAUUUUUAUCUUUCCUUUUAUCUAAGUUACAAGAACCUUGGAAACUGCACCUCCAUUCACUUGAUUUUUUUUAAAUGUAUACAAGUGGCUUUUCUUCUACGUGCAAUCUUUGAUUGGCAUUCUUUUUAUUAGUUAAACUAAUCACUUGCAACAUUUGGUUUUGGUAAGGUUAACGUUCUAUAUCAAACCUUCACCGAAAUGGGUAAGAGUGUCUAACAGAGGUUACGUAGUUUUAUAUAUGUGAUACAUCCUUCAACAAUCCCUUGACGGAUGAUACACUUAAUUGCCCCACAGGUAUACUCCUACGGUUUACAACCAUAUGUCUAAAACAUGAUGGUGGAUUCUCUGGCUCACCCACUUUCUUGCAUAUCAAAAAGAGAGUGAUCAGACAAAACUGGAGUGAGAAACGAAGCUAACAAAGGAACCAUAAAGAUCUUCCAGAUUAUCCAAAGAAAGAAAUAGCAAAAAUGUCCCAGCCCAACAUGGUACCAGUGGAGAUGAACAACAAUGUCGGAGACAACACCACCACCAACAACAACAGCAUGAAUGGUGGUAUUGUUUUUGGGGAUGGAGAAUUUGACAGUGCGAAUACAAGUGAGAAUCAAGAAGAUGGAAGCGAUCAUCAAGAUCCAGCUCGUCCUAGUAAGAGAAAAAGAUAUCAUCGUCACACCAAACAUCAAAUCCAGGAAAUGGAAAAUUUCUUCAAAGAGUGUCCUCAUCCAGAUGACGCGCAAAGGAAAGAUCUUAGCCGUCAGCUGGGAUUAGACCAUCAUCAGAUCAAAUUCUGGUUCCAGAACAAACGCACCCAAAUCAAGAAUCAUCAAGAACGCCAUGAGAACUUACAACUUCGGGCAGAGAACGAUAGGCUUAAAGCCGAACACCACCAAUGUCGAGCAUCUAUUCCUAAUGCCAGAUGUCAUAAGUGUGGAGGUAAAACCGCAAUUGGUGAAAUGUUUAUCGAGGAACAUCAACUUCGUCUCGAAAAUGCUCGGUUAGCUGAAGAGAUCCGUCAAUUGUCUUUGGUGGUGGCCAAGUGUACAAGCAAGCCUGUAAUGAACUAUACCCUUACGACUCCUCCUGUUCCAGCUCGACCUUUUGAAGGGAUAGCAUCUAAUAGAAGAGAAGCGUAUGGAAGCAUCGGAAACCUCCCGGGGUCAGCCCUUAGAGUGAGAGAUGUCGAUAAGCCGUUGAUCAAAGAGUUAGCAGUUGUAGCCAUGGAGGAGCUAAUCGCAAUGGCUCGACUGGAUGAACCGCUGUGGAACAUACGAGCUAAUGGCACGAGCUUAGCUUUAAACUUGAAUGAAUACACAAGAACAUUUGGGAACGUAGUUGGGCCUAUACUGAAUGGGUUUAGAACCGAGGCAUCCAAGGCAACCUCAAUCGUGUUCAUGAACCAUCUGGACAUUGUUCAAAGUCUAAUGGAUGUGAAUCUUUGGUCGAACAUGUUUGCUAGAAUGGUUGCUAGAUCCAUGAGUCAUGACCUUAUCUUGACUGAAGUCCAAGGAAACUUUGACGGAGCGUUCCAUCUGAUGACUGCUGAAUACCAAGUUCUUUCGCCAGUAGUCUCAACCCGAGAAUGCUACUUCGUCCGCUACUCUAAGCAGCGAGGUGACGGUAUAUGGGCGGUGGUGGAUGUUUCUAUCGAGCAUCUCUUUCCACACCUUGAACUUAAAUGUCGGAGACGGCCUUCUGGAUGUCUGAUUCAACAACUUGAAAAUGGAUACUGCAAGGUUACUUGGGUUGAGCAUGUGGAGGUAGAUGACGGAGAAGUACACCCCUUGUAUAAGUCCUUAAUCAGCUCUGGGCAAGCUUUAAGUGCUGAAAGUUGGGUUGAAACAUUGGAGCGGCAGUGCGAGCGUUUGGCCUACAUCAUGGCUCCAAAUGUUCCAUCCAUAGAACCGGAUGGUCUAAUAAUGAUAACCAACAUUGCAAAGCAGAGCCUUAUGAAAAUAGCUGAGCGGAUGACAAGAAGUUUCCUUUCAGGAGUGGCUAAUUCAGCUGGAGAUACAUGGUUUAAGUUGCCUGGUAAUACAGGAAAUCCUGUCAGAGUGAUGGCUCGGAAGAGCUUUAAUGAUCCAGGAAGGCCUGUAGGGGUCAUUCUCUAUGCAUCCACUUCGUUUUGGCUCCCGGUUUCCCCUAACACUGUCUUUGACUUCCUCAGAGAUGCCAACAAUCGAACAUAUUGGGAUGUUAUCACCACUGGUGGGGAAGCUGUGCAGUUGAUGUCACAGAUUAGCAAUGGGAGAGACAUUAGGAACUGUGUAUCGUUACUCCGGACCCAAAACACUAGCCAGAACAAUAAGAUGAUGAUCCAAGAGACCUCUACUGACCCAACAGCUUCGUUUGUGAUCUAUGCACCUCUUGAUGUAACAUUGAUAGAGAAUGUUCUCAAGGGUGGUGACCCUGACUACGUGUCACUACUUCCUAUGGGUUUUGCUAUUCUUCCUGAUGGUACUGCUCAGCAUGGAAGAGAAGGAGGGUCACUCGUGAGUGCUUCCUUUCAGGUUCUGGUUGAAACAGAUCCUUUGGCUACGCUGUCUUUUAUCUCCGUUGCAACCACUGAGAAUCUGAUCUUAACAACCGUGAAUAAGAUCAAAGCUUACUUUAAUCAGCAGCCUUUUUAGUAAGGGAAGUAAGCUAAAGGGGAUGCAGAGGGGUGAAUCAAUGGAAGGAGUCAAGAAGGAACCUGAGAAGAAACCAUCCUUAGUUUUUUUAAUGUACUUCCUUGUGAACUUCUGCUAAGACCUUUGUUAUUUCAGUUUGUGUUUUUUUCUUUCAUCUUUAUUGUUGGAACCUUUUUUUUUUUUUUUUGAACACCCUAUUGUUGGAACCUUAACAACUCAUUUUCUCUGUUUGUGUUCUAAAUAUUUUUUUUGAACUUCCUCUAAUGGCUUUUGAU